UUCAACCAAUUACAGACCAUCUCUCUCUUCACUCACAAUCUGUUUACCAUCUUCAACCUUACGCUGUUAACCCCCCCGCCCCAUUUCUAGGACCUCCCUUUCUUCCAUCUUUAUAUCACUCUCAACAUUCAAACACAUUCCUCACCCCCCUUUUCCCUCUGUUUCCGACAACUUCAAGAACCUGCCCAGCUCGUUCCCACAGACGCAACUCGCCCAAACAACCAAAACCCACAUCACGAAUCCUUCGUUUUGCCCAAAGUUUCGAUCUUUUUCCUCGACGUCGUGAUCGAUCGAUGUCGAACAGGAUAGUCCUCCGUGCGGCGGCCGCGGGGUCGAACCGCCGGCAGCCGCUGCUGCAGAAUAAGUCAUCCAGUAUGGGGUCAACGGUGGGCGAGGUUGUCGGCGGCACGGCGGCGGAGUGCGUGGCGGUGUGCUGCUGCUUCCCCUGCGGCGUCGCGAAUUUCUUGCUCCUCGCACUUUACAAGGUUCCGGCGGGAUUAUGCCGGCAAAUGCUGAAGAAAAGGCGGCGACGCAGAAUGAUUAAGGAAGGGUUGUUGCAGCCGAAGCGCCGCCACUGCUCGUGCGGUUGCUGCGACGACGUUAACGGGCACAGGAUAUACCCCAUGUGCGCGAACGACGCGUCUGAUAUCACGCGGCUUUAUGCGGCGGAGCCUGAUGAUGAAACUAUGGCUCUUGAGAGGGAGAUGUGGGAUAAGUUUUACGGCACUGGCUUCUGGAGAAGUUCUUCUAGAAAGGAAUCUUCUCAAUCUCUCUCUUCCACUCCUCAACCACUGUUCUCUCCUUGAAUUGAAUUUAAUUGAAGCUGUUCAAUGGAGGGUCUUCGCUAUCUGUGUGCUUAUUGAGUAAAUUUUUUCUAUUGGCAAUGAAACUCCUGUGGUUUGUUCUCUUUCGCUCUUGUUUUUCCCUUGUUCAUUCUUCAUACUCAACUUGUUUAUAAAUUGGGUUUUUCGUUUCAUUAUUGAGGACGACUCUGCAUCUUGACUUUUGUUUGAUUUGCGCUUUUCAAUCAGGUUGUGUCAUAUUGUGUGCCAGGAAGAUUUAGCCUCCAUUGUUGUCACCUUUGAAUAUCAUUGGAAUAUUUGGUUU